UUCACCUGUGCCAUAAAAUACAGGCGGUGUUAUGAUCACAGUGUCAGAUUUGAAAGAUUACAGAGAAUAUAAAAAGGGUCUCAUAAGAGUUGUGAAUAACUCGACUGAACAGCUUUUGUCCGUAUGAAUAAAGAGUUGCAAGAAGUAAGCAAGAGAAACUGCCAUGGGAUCUGCCAUCUCAAAAACAGUUGUAAGAGGUGAACUGGAAAAUGUGAAGUCAGAUUUGGACAAGAAGGCUCUCUCAGACAUGAUAGAACAAAGUAGCAAUAAGCUGAAUUUAUUGAAGAACACCACCCUAGACAUCGCUAUCACAGGGCGAUCAGGAGCCGGUAAAUCAUCCCUUGUCAAUGCCCUGCGAGGAAUGGCAGAUGAUGAAACAGAUGCUGCUGAGACUGGGCCAGUCCAAACAACCAUGGAGGCAAAGGGAUAUCCACAUCCCAUGUUUCCCAAAGUAACAAUGUGGGAUCUACCAGGAGUUGGAACACCUGAAUUUAAAGCAAAGGAAUACCUGCAGAAGGUAAAUUUUAAGAAGUAUGAUUUCUUCAUGAUCCUUGCCUCAGAACGCUUCACAGAGAAUGACGUCCAGCUGGCCCAAGAAAUUCAUAAAAUGAAGAAGAAGUUUUACUAUUUGCGCACUAAAGUGGAUGUCAGUCUAGAUUCUGAAAGAAAGAAACGAAACUUCAACGAGGAAAAGACUCUUGAGCUGAUAAGGAAAGAUUGCUGUGACUGUUUGACUAAGGUAGGAGAACCUAAUCCAAGGAUUUUUCUCAUCUCCAGAUCGGAUUUGAAUAUGUAUGAUUUCCCACACUUGCAAGAGACCUUAGAAAAUGACCUGGAUGACCUCAAGAGAUAUGCUUUAAUUGCAACAAUGCCAAAUUUCUCUAAAGAAAUCCUGGAGAAGAAGAAGGCUGCUAUGGAGGCUCUUAUAUGGUCACUAUCCACUGUGUCCUGUUUUAUUGGGGCAAUUCCUAUCCCUGGCCUCUCUUUUGCUUGUGAUCUUGGCAUCUUGGUAGGAACAAUGAAAGAUUUCUGCAAUGUCUUUGGCUUAGAUGACGAAUCCCUCAAAAGACUUGCAGGCCGCACUGGCAAACCUGUUCCUGUGUUGAGAUCAGCUAUCAAAAAGUCCCGAGUGUCCAAUGAGAUCACCCGUGAAUUUGUACUGAGUCUUUUGCAGAAGUCAACAGCCUGUGCAGCAAUGACUGCAGCAGAACUUGUUCUUGAUUUUGUACCCGUGGUGGGGUCUGUAUUUGGUGGAGUUGGUUCGUUUGUAACGACAUCCUUCAUGCUGAAGAGCUUUCUAAACGACGUUGUGGAAGAUGCUGAGAAUGUUAUGGCCAAAGCUGCCGAGUACUGAGAGUCCGACUCCCAACCAAGGCCGUUUCCACACGGCUUGUGCGAGAAAACGCAAUCUUCUGCAUUUUUUUUUGCGAUAUUCUGGGUUGUUACGAGCAGCGGGGAGCCGUGUGGAAAUGGCCCAAGCCAAGUGCCAAGACCUCCACCUGGAGGCCAUUCACCCAGCAUAUGAAUUACAUGGACAGGACAAAGAACCAACGUUCAACAAUGGAUUCUACUUUCAUACCCCUGUGGGAUUUCCCAUUUGCUUGUUUUGGAACUCCACUGUGCCUGGUGGAAAACCUUUCGGAUAACAUUGAAGAAGAUGCUGAGUAUGACGAGUUCCAGCUAAAGAUCCAAAAACCCAUCCAAAAAGAGAAGCUGAAUGUAUGAAUGAUGCAAAGGACCUCAGCACUGGAAACAAAUGGAAACCAGACUUGAAUUUGUGAUUGGAAACUCCCUGCCCCCUACAUGCACUUUUAACUAACAUUUCAAAUGAAGAGGAGUUAGCCGUGUUAGUCUGUGGUAGCAAAAUCAAAAAGAGUCCAGUAGCACCUUUAAGACUAACCAAUUUUAUUGUAGCAUAAGCUUCCGAGAAUCAAGUUUCGAGAAUCAAGUUUCAAGAAUCAAGUCCCCCCCCCCAAUUGCCUCUUCUCUCUCCUCCCCUUCUCUCCCUCCGCUUCUAUAUUUGUCCAGUCUCUGUAUCAUGCAUCUGACGAAGAGAACUUGAUUCUCGAAAGCUUAUGCUACAAUAAAAUUGGUUAGUCUUAAAGGUGCUACUGGACUCUUUUUGAUUUCAAAUGAACUAUACCAUAGGGACAAAUAAAGAAAAUGUAAUUUUCUCAGUGGAAGUUCUUCAGGCGUACUGAUUCAACACCCAGAAGGGUUCAUGUUGAAUUUUGAACCUCAUGUACAGUUUUCGUCUAGUUCAGAUCACAAAUCAGGUAUUAGAGAGAGCAAUAUGGGUGGCACAGUCUAAAACAGAGAGUAUGGCUCAAAACGUCUGUUCUAGCUGGUCUAUCUUUCUUGUGGCAUCUUUCUCCUUGUUUAGCACUGUGGAAAAGCAUGGGUGGAGAUCAGUCUGGAAAGAACAGAGCAGUGGUUUUCAGGUGCCCUUACAGUGCAAUCCUAAGAAGAGUUACUCCAGUCUCAGCCCAUGGGCUUAGACUAGAUUAACUCUUCUUACAUGCAUAUGGAAAAAACAUGCUCUCUCUGCAUGCUCGUUGGAGGGCAUGAGAGGAGCCACUAAGCCUCGAGGGAAAGGUUCAGCCAGACCAUCUCUUUCUUGGCCCAGUAGCUCAGAAGACGGGGGGAAAGCAAUUUGCAGGGUUCUGAAAGGUAGUCCAUGCCUAUUGUCUCCACUGAAUCCUGGCUCAUGCACCUCAUGUUCCAGAGGGGCCAAGCACAUGCCAGAUGGCCUCCAUGUAUAUCUUGGGGGUGUCCAUGGGGGGAACCUGCUGAGAAGGGGUGGGGCAGGGAACAGCAGAGCCUGUCUGCUGACAGGAUGCCCCUCCUGGCCUGUAUACACUGCACCUGCCGAGAGAGCUCUUUUCUCAAGCUAGUGAGUUUUCUGGCCUGCUCAGUGAGAGGGUGCAGCUGGGACACGAUGCCCUGUUGCAGCCUUCUCACAAGUACGCACACUGCUGUAACAAAGUUUAGAGCACCUGGCCAAAAGGCCCCGAAUUUAGUAGCAGCCUAGUUUAAUGUUUUACUAUUUAUCUGAGUAAGAACACAACAACUGAACCCUUCUUAAUUCCUACGUAAGCAUGUUAAAGGGUGUUGGGUUAUGAUUUAUGAUUAUGAUAAUGUUUUAGCAGAGUAGAGCAUUGCACAGCAGAUAAAGAAUCACAGAGACGUGUGUUCAGUUUCUAAAAUAAUGUUUACUGCAUAAAGGAUAAAAUAAUAAAGGUUAGAUUGGUGAUAAAAUAAAGAAUAGCUAGUGAGCAAAUGACAUCCUGGACAAAGGAAAGAUGUUAAUUGCCCCCAAUAAACCCGGUCAGCCAAUAAUCAAUCCUAGAUUUGUUCAUUAGGCAUGCAACUCCCCUUUGCCCUGGUGGGAACAGUUACUCGAUACCUAACUGGCCUCAUGCUAACUCAUUAUGCUUAUCUAAAACACAAACAGAUUAACCCUUUCAUGACAGAAGAGAAUGACACUUGUAAAAUCCCAACAAAGGGAAAACUCUGUUGGCCCCUAUAAACUAAAUAUUAAUUUGUGCUUCUUUGUUAAUAAAGCCUACAACGAGUCUAAUUUUAAAAGCCUUUUGAAAAGUUCAUCUAGUCCUCUGGGUAACCCAACAAGAGCAGUGAGCACCCCAAAACUACACCAGUGGCUGCCAAGCAAAAACAAAAAUAAAAGUAACAGUGUAGAACAACACACCUCUUGGUGAAAAGCAAUUCUCCCCCCACCCCAAAAAUCCAGAGCAGGAACUAAGCUAACAACAUGAAUAGUGCAGCAAGUCUUUCCUUUAAACCUGAAGAGGAAGGCAACCCGACAGGAGAAAUGCUAUUUCCCCAUACACGAGAACAGCAAAGCUCUAGUCUCUCUUCCCUUUGAGCCGCCAGCAUGCAAAGCAACAAGAAACAACAGGAGAAAAAGGAACGCCUCCCCACCCCACACAAAGAACAGCCAGUAAGUAAACGAAUAGCAACGAAAACACCAACAAACCAUUCAACAAAAGUCAAAGCACCCCCCUCCACAACAACGAGAGCAGUUUUUAAGAGGUAAACUUAAAAAGCUUGUCCCCCUCCCCCGCUCCCUCCCAAACACCGGGCCAACCCUCCCUCCCCCACAAACACAGAAAAACCCAGUGAGCCUACCACUCUCACCCCAGGUAGCAGUCCUCCAGCAGGCACAGAUCUCUUCAGGCAGCAGUGCAGCAGCAGUAGGUACACAGCAAACCCACUGGUAAAUCUAGGGGGGGGCAGUUCCUUGGUAGGGGGUCACCCACUCCCAGCCUCUGCCCCCUGCUGCCCCUCACCUAGCUGGCAGGCGGGGGAGGCCCAGGGCACAGGCCUGGGAGGCAAAAUACCUCCUGGGCCAGUGUGCAGCAGGCGCUCUCCCACCCGGUGCGCCUGCUGGAUGCGCGAGAAGAUCGCCCACGGCAAGUGCCGGGAGGGUGAGGGGACCUGGUGGCAACCCUCGGUGGUGGAGAGUGCCCUCAAGUCAUAGCUGACUCAUGGUGACCCCCUGGUGAGGUUUUCAUGGCAAGAGACUGAGAGAGGUGGUUUGCCAUUGCCUGCCAAUGCAGCCCUGGUCUUCGUUGGAGGUCUCCCAUCCAAUUACUAACCCAGGCAGGCCCUGGCCAGUCAAAGCAGGCCAGACCAGGCCUCCCAGCAAAUCGUGGCCUACAGGAGAGGUAUGCAGACACGCAGCGGCAUCAGCCGAGGAGAGGUGGUGGGACCUCUUGGGGUGGGUGGGGAGGUAGGAGGAGGGAAAGACCAUUUUCACCUCAGAGAGGGCUUGAGGAAGCCACUGAGGAACAGGGGGAAGUGGCAGGAAAUUAGGUAGCUAAGUUUUGCCCAGGGAAAGACUUGUGAGGGGGUUGAGGGAAACACUCAAAGAGACAAGCUAAGUCUGUUUCGAUAGGCCGAGGUUCUGGGACUACUGAGAAAUUCCAAGGGAAAUCAUCACUCGCUCUCUCAUAGAAACAGCCUGCCAUUUCAAUAAAGUUGGGAUGUGUGACAAAUUGUAGCUAACAAAAAAGGGUUCUCUGCUUACGUUUCAAGUAAGAACCUGGGCAGAUCAUGAUGGGGAGGGCAGAAUGGGUUGCACCAGUGCUUAGUUCUUGUGGCUCUUCUUACAUGCCCAGGGUAAUGCUGAUCGCCACCUUGGGGCCAGGUAGCAAUUUUCCACAGGCCAGUUUGGCUGGGGAUCCUGGAGCUGUUUUGCCAUCUUCUGGGCGUGGAGCAGGGGUCACUGGGGCAGUCAGGGGGUGGAGGGUGGGUAGUUGUGAAUGUCCUGCAUUGUGCAGGGGGUUGGACUAGAUGGCCCUAGAGGUCCCUUCCAACCCUAUGAUUCUAUGUAUCUCCCUAAUAUUGAAGCAUGCAUUCUAAGCAUACAUAUUUUGCUGUUUGUGUACUUGUUCUGCUGCUUUGAUAUUGGAUAUACUUUCUGUACUGUUAUGAACUUCUGAACAUUUGGAAUUUAAAUUGCUCGAACACGCUUAAAACAAUGUACGUUUGGCACCUACAUGUAUAAAGUGUGCUUUUUAGAGUGCAAUAAAAAUACAUUUUUAUUUCUUUA